ACGCUGCAGUUAGAAGUGGGUCAGCUCAGCAUUAGGUGGUGGUGAAGGCAGCAGUCUAGAUGCUGCCUCAGUAACUAGGUUGUCUGUGUCUGCCUGUAGUGUAAAGGCAGACCUUCUCGUUUGAUCCACACAGCCUAAGGAGAAAGAAAAACUCUCACCAAAAAAAAAACAUGGCAGAGGCCCUGGAACCCAACUCCACUAAGGAUGCUCUGCCUGCAGAGUGGAAACCUUCCAGUCGUCGCAGUCGAAAGUCUGGGUAUUCCAACAUCUUUUCAGGGGUGAACCUGCAUCAACUACAUAGGCUCUUUAGAACAGCAGGGGACCGAAAUGCAGAAAAUCGGGCAAAGCUAGUAUGGCAGGAUGUGGAGACAAAUCUGGAAGGGGCAGAUGAAGAAAAGCAGAAUGAAGAAGAGCAGAAUGACGAUGAAGUGGGCCUGGCCCAGGCCUUGGUGGGACUAAGAGUUCGAGCCAGGAAUAAGAAUGGAAUAAGAGUGGAUGGACAAAGUGAACAUAAGUGGCUGAGAACGUCAGGGUAUCUCAGGGUUGAGGAACCAUCAGCUGUCUACCCUGUUGAAGAUAACGAUGAUCAGACAGGCCCGGGGAGAUUUAAAUUAUCAGCUGACGAAGAUGUUACAGGGAAUCCCUUCAAGCCAUCAUCAUGGAGGUUGGGCAUUAGGAUGGAAAGUGCCAGAGACUCUGAACGCUACCUUCACCGCAUCCUCCACUGACAAAAUAUGCCCCUUGUGGUUGAGGGAGAGGAAAGGACUAAUGUAUCAAAAUACUAUUUUAGCACUGAAGGAUAUGUCUGCUAUUGCUGUCAUCACUGUCAAGCGUUUGGGCAGAUUUCAAUCUGGAAAAGCACUAAAUAAUUUACCAUUGGAAAAUUUAUUAGA